AUGGCCAACAAUCCCCGUCCUGCGCCAGUCAUAUCGGAACGUGCUGAAAUUCACAAGGGCUGCAAAUCCCUGGAGACGCUCGUCAAUGUACUGAAUGAUUACUGUGAGGCUGCAAGUGCGAUCGUCGCCCUCCAGAAGAAGCUCGCCAAAGCGCUCAGGGAGGCUGCUGGACUGAAAUGUACGACUGAGAUUGCAGCUAAUGCGCUGAAUGCGAGCGCGACUAUAUUCGAGGCACUUUCCGAUGUCGAUACCAAGUUCGCGAAGGUUGCGGAUAAGGAGUGCGAUGGGCUCAGUAACGAAGUGAAGAAGUGGUUCAAGAAGCUGGCGAUGUACGUUCAGAAAGAGGAGAAAGCGCACGACGAGAGGAUCGCGAACGCCAAUGCCAGGAUCAAGCAGGCUGGCCAGCUGUACGAGAAGAAGUCGAAGAAGAACGUACGAGAAGCUACUGAAGAACACGCCCGCUACAUCAACCUGCUGUCGGUCUUAGGGCCUGAGAUGUCACAGGACAAACACAACCACGCAUUGUUCGUUACACAACGGUACACCUCGACGACGUACAACGUCGCAGCCGCGUUAUCCCGAAUUGCAGAUGCCGAGUGGUUGCGUUCGUGUGAAGGAGUGAGGCGCUUCGCGCCGACUGUCGGCCAGCUUGGGGAAUGGAGGGCCCUGUGUGAGGGUGGAUGGGUCGGCGAGGUGCCCAAAGGUUUGUCAGACCCAGAUGCCCAGCAGUCAUUAUCGAUCUCCGCGGAUUACCGGGACGAAGAGAUGUCAGCUAAGGAGUACGAGGCGCGUAUGGGUGGAGCCAGGCCUUUUGGAGUGGACGAUGGUCUGCGGAUGCCCAACGGGGAGCAAGGCAGGGAGCAGGGGAAGAGAUCUCCGUCUGGGCAGUAUACACCCCUUGAACAACCUCCGCCACAGUAUAAUCCUCCCCAGGGCAGACAGCAACCAUCUCAUACAAGCACUGACGGGUCUACCUCUGAUCAUGGCCGAAGCCAGGAAGACGGGCAAGGACGAUCCAGCCCUCGAUUAGCAUUGGAAUCCUUCCCUACGCCUCCCAAACAUUUCCCCCUUCCACCGGUCGCUGGGAGCAGGAGUAACAGUUCCGGCCCUCCGUCGCCCGUUCAAAGUAGACCAGCGCAUGAUGGUUUGCAAGAUUUGCAACAGCAACAACAACGUCAAUCGCAGUCGCAGACCUCGGUAGGUUCUCAACCGAGCUUCACCACUUUGCCUCGAUUAGCGGAAUCCUCCAUGGAGGAGCUUCCUCCCGAUGCCCGCACUGUAGCUAAGACCGAUGCAAUUCCGACACGGACUGAACUGCAGCCUAAGGACGACGAAUCUGUUACAUCUCCGGGUACGUCUCAGGAGGCUAAUGGCCAUAUCACCGCCCCCAAGGCCCAAUCUCGCCGUCCCCUGCCCGAUAUCUCCUCCUAUCAGCAGGAGCAGGAUAAGCGGUCGUCCGUGGCUGGUUCUGGUUCUGACGCCUAUCGAAAGGGUGAUAUCUUGGAUGACCGGGAGCUCGGCGUACAACAGACGGGCUCUGGGCAGGAAUCGAAGGCUAGAGCUACUGAGUCUAGCGCCAAGUCUCGCGAUCUUGGUCGUCGAGAUUCUGUCACGAGCAAUGGCAGUAUUGUUGCGACAAUGCGCAGCCGCUACGAUCGCGGUAAUGCUCCCGCCUCCCCGCCACCGAGAGAGGUUCCCAGACUACCUCUGAGCGUGAAUGAAAUCGCAAGUAAAUACCAGACUCAAGGGGGAGAGAAGACGCCGACGUCUCCCAGGCCACGACCCAUGUCCCCUCCAGCUGAGCGUGCGAUGUCAUACGCAGGUGAGAGCGGUCGAUAUCGCAUGUCAGAGCUGCCCAUUCGUGAGCGGACCAUGACUAUGAUCAAUGAGACUCGAGCACCCGCAGCUGCCGAGCUUGAUGAACUCUCCCGGAGACGGCAGCGGCUACAGGAACUGGAAGAGCUCGAGCUCCGGGAGAAGGAGCUAGUACUUAGAGAAAAGGAGCGGGAGCUGGAGGAACGAGCGCGAGAGCUGGAGCGCGAUCGUGCACGCGUUGUCGCUUCUCGGGAUGCAAGCAGAGGAGAUGGGUACUUCGGAGAUCGUAAUACCAUGGAGCCCUCCAUGACGGGGGCGCGGACGUACCGCUCCCAGCACGACGCCUCGCGGACAGCCUUCCCACAUCGCUAUUCGUAUAGCACGACGCAUCUCGCGGCACCUGCGUCGUCGCAAUCCCCUCAGCAUCAGCAUCAGCACUCCCGCUCGCGGCCGACGACGCCUAAUGAUCCGUCGGCAGACCAUGCUCCAUACUGUGGAUGCGAUCGUUGUUCGGCGUCGAAGUAUAGGGCGCCGGAUCCUGCGCCGUCUCCCAGGGACCUCCGUCCGCCAGAGAGGCCUAUCACACUCCGUCCGGAAAAACCGAAGGGCUGGAUUAGGCGGUUGAGCAUGCCUGUCGUGGUUGGCAACGCGUUUUCGCUGGACUCGAAGAAGAAUGGGAGCUCGGCGAGCCUUGCGUCACCGUCAAGACGCAGCGGAGGCAUGGCAGACGAGACGGGUCGGUUGCCUGUCGAUUAUACUGGGGGGAUCAGCAAUCGUGGCAUAAGCAAUUCUGCAAGACGAUAA